AUGGAGUAUAGACAACCAGAGGCAACACAAAUCCAAGAAAUGGAUCCCGGGGAGAAGCGACUCAAUGAACUGGGAUACAAGCAAGAGCUGAGAAGAGAAAUGACUUUGUUCAAAACUCUCGCAAUAUCAUUUUCAACAAUGACCCUUUUCACAGGGAUUACUCCCCUGUAUGGUUCAAGCCUUCAAUAUGCAGGUCCUGCGAGUCUUGUCUGGGGAUGGGUGAUUGUAUCUUUCUUCACCUGGUUCGUCGGCAUUGCAAUGGCUGAGAUCUGUUCCUCUUUUCCAACAACGGGAUCUCUCUAUUUCUGGGCUGCUCAUUUAGCUGGUCCCAGAUGGGGUCCAUUUGCAUCUUGGUGUUGUGCUUGGCUCGAGACCAUAGGGCUAGUUGCAGGCAUCGGUACUCAGGCAUACGCAGGUUCACAAACUCUGCAGAGUAUCAUCUUAUUAUGCACUGGCACAAACAAAGAUGGAGGAUAUCUUGCACCUAAAUGGCUGUUCUUAUGCAUGUACAUUGGCCUCACAUUGAUAUGGGCAGUGCUCAACACAUUUGCAUUAGAAGUAAUUGCCUUCAUCGAUGUAAUUUCUAUAUGGUGGCAGGUUAUUGGAGGAUCGGUUAUUGUUAUAAUGCUUCCUCUGUAUUCCUUAUAUGGGUAUGACGCAGCAGCCCACCUUACAGAAGAAACUAAAGGUGCAGAUAAAAAUGGUCCUAUUGCAAUUCUUUCUAGCAUUGGGAUCAUUUCAAUAUUCGGCUGGGCUUAUAUCCUGGCCCUUUCUUUCAGCAUUCAGGAUUUUGGCUACCUUUAUGAUCCAAGCAACGAGACUGCUGGUGCAUUUGUGCCAGCUCAAAUACUCUAUGAUGCAUUCUAUGGCAGAUAUCAUAAUUCUGCUGGAGCCAUCGUCUUACUGUUCAUUAUAUGGGGCUCAUUUUUCUUUGGCGGGCUCUCAAUCACUACCAGCGCAGCUAGAGUGGUGUAUGCUUUAUCAAGAGAUGAAGGAAUUCCCUUUUCAUCCAUCUGGCGAAAAAUCCACCCAAAGCAUAAAGUUCCUUCAAAUGCUGUGUGGCUGUGUGCAGCCAUCUGCAUUCUUCUUGGACUCCCAAUCUUGAAAGUCAAUGUAGUCUUCACCGCCAUAACUUCCAUAUGUACAAUUGGAUGGGUUGGAGGCUAUGCAGUUCCAAUCUUUGCAAGAAUGGUCAUGGCCGAGAAGCAUUUCAAAGCUGGGCCAUUUUACCUGGGCAAAGCAAGGAGGCCAGUUUGCUUUAUUGCCUUUCUGUGGAUUUGUUAUACCUGUUCAGUCUUUCUUCUGCCAACUUAUUACCCCAUUUCCUGGGAUACUUUCAACUAUGCACCGGUGGCUUUAGGUGUCGGUUUGAGUUUGAUAAUGCUUUGGUGGGUGCUGGAUGCGAGGAAAUGGUUCAGGGGACCUGUUAGAAAUAUUGAUAUUCCAAAUGGGAAGGUUUAA